AGGAGACAGAAAGAGGCUGUGAUUCGGCUCCGUUUAUAUUCGCCGGCUGGAACUAUUUUCCUUUUUAAAAACCAAGGCUCCUUCAGUGCGCCGUUUUCUUUUCCGCUUUGCAGUCUGUGAUGUCGCCUGUUUUUGUGGCCCGCCUGUAAAGCGCGAGACAGGCACAACAACCGAGGGCGUCUUCCUUUUUUUUUUUUUUUUUUUUUAAUUAUACAUUAUUUGGUUCCUUUAAAAAAAAAAAAAAAUUCUGUUGUCCACACCUUGUACCCUUAUCUCCCCUUUACUCCUAGCCCUUUCUCCUUCUUUUGUUUCAUGCUGAAAGGAAGUGUGUGUUGUUUGAUUUAAUAAAUAUUUCAGUUCCUUCUCAUUUUCUAUCGUUUUGCGUUUUAUGUUGACCAAAAAAACAGAUCAUUUGACUUAUUUUCAUUGCAAGAUCUAAGGAGUUGAAUUAAAAAGAACGACGCCAUCUCCAAGCUAACAUGGCAGUCAGACUGUGCGAUGUGGCUUCUCUGCUUAGAAGUGGUUCGUGGGCGCCUGAGCCUUGGACUGGGCAGGUAAUUGCCGCCAUGGAAUCGCAACUGUCCAACGGGCCGUCGUGCAACAACACGAGCAACGGCCCAUCGACCAUGUCAAACAACUGCUCCUCGCCUGUUGAAUCGAGCAGCAUGGAGGAGAGUAAAACUAACUUGAUAGUCAACUACUUGCCUCAGAACAUGACCCAGGAGGAGCUCAAGAGCUUGUUUGCCAGCAUCGGCGAGAUCGAGUCCUGUAAGCUUGUCCGGGACAAAAUAGCAGGGCAAAGCCUAGGUUAUGGCUUCGUCAACUACGUAGACCCCAAGGACGCAGAGAAAGCCAUCAACACCUUAAACGGCCUGAGACUUCAAACAAAAACCAUUAAGGUUUCCUACGCGCGUCCAAGCUCUGCUUCCAUCCGUGAUGCAAAUUUGUAUGUCAGCGGCUUGCCAAAGACCAUGACUCAAAAAGAACUGGAACAGCUUUUUGCUCAGUAUGGCCGCAUCAUAACCUCACGCAUCCUUGUGGACCAGGUGACCGGACUUUCUAGAGGGGUUGGUUUUAUCCGCUUUGACCGGCGAGUGGAGGCGGAGGAAGCUAUCAAGGGCCUUAAUUGCCAGAAGCCGCCUGGCGCCACUGAGCCUAUCACAGUGAAGUUCGCCAACAAUCCCAGCCAGAAGACUAGCCAGGCGCUGCUCUCCCAGCUGUACCAGUCACCCAAUCGAAGGUACCCAGGACCACUCGCACAGCAGGCACGCUUCAGGCUGGACAAUCUGCUUAACAUGGCUUACGGCGUUAAAAGCAGGUUCUCCCCCAUGGCCAUCGAUGGGGUGACCAGCCUUGCAGGCAUAAACCUCCCGGGCCACCCUGGCAGCGGCUGGUGCAUCUUCGUCUACAACCUGGCGCCGGACGCCGAUGAGAGCAUUUUGUGGCAAAUGUUUGGGCCGUUUGGCGCUGUCACCAACGUCAAGGUCAUACGUGACUUCAACACAAACAAGUGCAAGGGAUUCGGCUUUGUUACUAUGACAAACUACGAUGAGGCGGCCGUAGCCAUCGCCAGCUUGAAUGGGUAUCGCCUCGGGGACCGCAUGCUACAGGUGUCGUUCAAAACCAACAAAACACAUAAAGCCUGAAAAAAAACCAACGUUAAUUUUCUACAUUAGUGAACAACUUUGUAAGAUACUGUCACAAAGAAUAUUCCUUGCGUUUUUGUCGGGUUUUUUUUGCUUUGAAUCUUUCGAUACAUAAAAUAACGAGUAUUUAGGUUUUGUCGUUCUUUUGCGCCAAGUCUUGUGCGAUGUUGUGAUUAUUUAGUUUUUUUGUGUCCCGAUUGUUUCUGUUGCCUUGAGCGUUUAACUUCCUUUAAACUAUUUUAUCGGGUUUGUUGUAUUAUACUCAUUCUCAUAGUCACUCGGUGAUCGGUCAGUCGACCGCAUAAUGUUGCUUACUGUAAAGUUGAAACGGAGAGAAAGACAAAAAAUAUAUAUCGCCAAAGAGCUAAGAACCUCUUUGGGUUUAAGAAAAAAAGUCUAUUUUUAUAAUUAAAAAAAUUGGAGUAAACUUUUUACUGAACCUGGAACAAUAAUACGAAUUUAAAAAGUAUUUUGACUUUGACAGAUUUCUUCGUACGACAACCCUUGUAAGCGUAUUGAGGAAGUUUGCAGCCGGGAGACGUUUGUGAUGUGAACAAAAAAAAAGUUUGUAUUCUCUUUGCUGAUUUCUGUUGUAUUUUUUCAUUUGCUGUUUUGCUAUUUGAUUUUAUGACAAAACUGGGACUCUAAUCUUUUUUUUUGUUUCAUGGAAGGCCCUUAGUUAAAAUGUGUUGCUUGCUUUUGGUAUGUAGAAUGUCUCACUUUGUCCGCAAAAACAUGGUAUCGUUUAUAAUACAUAAACAUUAUAGACCUCUAUUUAUGUGGUACAUACAGAACCAGGGUUUUUUCUUGUUAAAUAUAUAAAAAUAUAACUAAUGCAUAUAAACAGUCUUUAAAUGCUUCAAAGGUGUAAUAAAAGUGACAAUUAGGCAGCACACUUCAAAACCUUUAAAGAGCAGCGCACUUUAUGCAUUAUAUAUGAAUAUCGUUAUCAUUAUCUGUUAAACUUUUAUGCAUUGUGAUGCCCCCAAUUAGCUAUAAUUAGUUUUUGUACUGUUUUAUUUUGUCCAAGGAGUUCGGCCUGCAAAUAUGCUCCCUUCCUUCAUGUGGCUUGAAUGUAAAGAACGCUUCAUUUAGCUGUUUUGUUGUUCGUUGUUGUUGUUGGAAAACAAUAAUUUAAGUAUUUAAAGAAGAGAUGUACUUGUUAUUUAUGUUGGUUUUUUUCAGUACUUAAAAGAAACUAUUUGUUGACCCCAACAUACCCCCAUUUGUUGAGUACAUCAAUAAAUAAGUUUGAAGGGCAAAAUAUGACUUGAAUUUUC